CGGAAAGGUGAUGUCAGUUGCUUCAGUUCAGUGCGAGGUUGACUCGGAAUAAGAUGAAAAUUCUAUCGAUUGCAUUUCUACUAGGUUUCUUGGCACUGGCCAGUGCAAGCCCUCUGAGACCUGGAGAUGUGAUCAUCAAUGGACAUUGCAUCAACUGCAAUGUGCACGGAGGCUGAAGCAGUUUCAAUUUUAAUUUUAUACUUAAAUUGUCAAAUAAAGAAAAAAAUGCU